ACAAGCCUUACUGUCUGUCUCCCAAAAUUGUUAUAACGAUGCCAGCUGAACUUAUAUAAUGGAUUUAAACCCAGAUUUAAAGUAUCUUUUCUGGGUUCUCUUGCACUUGUUCAGUCCAAUCAAAAGUGAGUCGAAUACAGAAGUCAUACAGUUCGACGCCUCAAACUUCUCAUAUUUCAUGCACGAUGAGCUGAAAACGGGUUUGAAGUAUGGGAACUUUGUGGAAAUGAAUGGGAAACGCCUAAAGAUGAACGCGUUUAAAGUGGUGCCAUUUGUAAAGCAAAAAACCCAGUGUAUUAAAGAGUGUCUGUCUGAAGAGAAUUGCAAGUCUAUCAACGUUGCUGAAGUUGAUUCUGAGGCGGAAUUUAAGUACGAUUGCCAUCUUCUUGAUUCACACAUUUUCGAUCCGGCGCAUUACAAGGAAAUAGAAGAUGCACCGAAACACGACCACUUUACCGUUAUGACCGAAUGCUUAUCAGGCGCAUGUGACAAUGGUGGAACUUGUCAUCCAAACUACACMCAAAAUACCUACACGUGUAAUUGUACAAGACAGUACUCAGGAAAUCGAUGUGAAAGAGAAUUCUGUCCAGUCGAGUGUUUCAACAGCAGUGGCUGCAAAAACUACAGGUCUUUUCUAAAUUACCCGACAAGGUCGACAGACCAAAAUGCUUCAAUACCGAGACUUUUUGAUCAACCAAUCAAAGAGUUCACGGUCAGCCUUUGGGUACAAAUCAAUAACUCUGAAAUCCAGCUUAUAGAAGGAGUGAAUCCAGCCUUUUUUAGUUUCAUCGAUAAUGGUAAUACAGAUGAAUUGGUUGUGUUUGUUGCUGGCAAAGAAAAAGAAAUUUGGAUUGAAUUCCAAGGAAUUGGCGGAUUUUCCAAAUUCAACACUCGAGAUAUGAAAAUGUUUGACGGUCGUUGGCACCACGUUGCCGUGACAUGGAGUGGGACAGCUUUCAAAUUUUAUUUGGAUGGCAAUAGCUGCGAAUCCUUGGGACAACGGAAUUUUGAGGAAAGAUCUUUGAAGGCGAACCUGCGAUUCGCUCUGGGUCAAGAACAAGAUGAUUUCAAUUACGGAGGCUAUGCACUCGAUACAAGUUAUCAAGGAAAUAUUACAGGUUUCCAUAUGUAUAAAAGAGAAUUUCAAGAGAAAGAAAUACUGGAACUUUCCAAUAGAUGCCCGUUCGAAAUACAAGGGGACCUCAUCAAGUGGAGCGACAUUUUACCUCGGAGGAGUUCGAGUAUCAAUCUAUUUUGUGGAGCUUUGGAAAGUGAUGACCUACCCCUACAAAAUGGGAAGGCAUGUUUGGGGCUAUGCAAGUUUUGCCCUUAGUGGUCAAUCAAUUGAGUUAGCGUAACACUAACGAAUUUUGAAGACAGCAGCAUGAGUUUUGACUUUAAUCUUUGUUUAUUGCAUGAUUCGACUAUUAUUGUCUUUUAUUUAGUGUUGAAAACAAUUUUGCAUGUAUUUGCUUUGAAACAAGUUGAAUGAAAAAAAAAACUUGCUCGCCAUGUUGCCUUACCCUGGAAAUUUACUCUUUCUUACAAAAUAUCACGGCGCGAAGCGACAUACGGUUCUUGAGGCCGAAGGCCGAAACCUUAAA